CACUUUCAUGAGUGGCUAGAUUUUCUACCACAGUGUCGUCAGACCAUCACAACACACGCAGGAUCAGUCUUCUCUGAGAGCACUCCUUCAGCCACGCCGCCGUCGGCCGAGCGCCCGGCGAGGAGCGACCCCAGACGGAGCCUUCGGAGCCCCUCCGCCCACACGUCUCCAGGUCCCCGAGCCUCGGUCUUCCUCGCCGCCCUACUCGUGGCCAUGGAGUGUCCGCACCUCAGCUCCAGCGUCUGCAUCGCUCCGGACUCAGCCAAGUUCCCCAACGGCUCCCCGUCGUCCUGGUGUUGCAGCGUGUGCCGCUCCAACAAAAGCCCCUGGGUCUGUUUGACUUGUUCAAGUGUCCAUUGUGGAAGGUAUGUGAAUGGCCAUGCAAAAAAACAUUAUGAAGAUGCACAAGUACCCUUAACUAAUCAUAAGAAAUCAGAAAAGCAAGAUAAACCUCAGCAUACAGUAUGUAUGGAUUGCAGUAGCUACAGUACAUACUGUUAUCGCUGUGAUGAUUUUGUGGUUAAUGACACCAAGCUGGGACUGGUACAGAAAGUCAGAGAACACUUACAGAACUUGGAAAACUCAGCUUUUACAGCUGACAGGCAUAGGAAAAGAAAACUUUUGGAAAACUCAUCACUAAACAGCAAGUUAUUAAAAGUAAAUGGAAGCACUGCUGCCAUCUGUGCCACAGGACUCCGAAAUCUGGGGAACACAUGUUUCAUGAACGCCAUCCUUCAGUCACUCAGUAACAUUGAGCAGUUUUGCUGUUAUUUCAAAGAACUGCCCGCUGUGGAGUUAAGGAAUGGGAAAACAGCAGGAAGGCGAACAUACCACACCAGGAGCCAAGGGGAUAACAAUGUGUCUUUGGUGGAAGAGUUUAGAAAGACACUUUGUGCUUUAUGGCAAGGUAGCCAGACUGCAUUUAGCCCAGAGUCCUUAUUUUAUGUUGUUUGGAAGAUUAUGCCAAAUUUUAGGGGCUAUCAGCAACAGGAUGCCCAUGAAUUCAUGCGCUACCUUUUGGACCACCUGCACUUGGAACUCCAGGGCGGUUUCAAUGGUGUUUCCCGCUCAUCAAUUCUACAGGAGAAUUCUGCUCUAUCUGCAAGUAACAAAUGUUGCAUAAAUGGAGCAUCUACAGUUGUCACAGCUAUAUUCGGAGGUAUUCUUCAAAAUGAGGUUAACUGCCUCAUAUGUGGGACAGAAUCUAGAAAGUUUGAUCCAUUCCUAGACCUUUCAUUAGAUAUUCCAAGUCAGUUCAGAAAUAAGCGCUCAAAGAAUCAAGAAAAUGGACCAGUUUGUUCAUUACGAGAUUGUCUUCGCAGUUUUACUGACUUAGAAGAACUUGAUGAGACAGAGUUAUAUAUGUGCCACAAAUGCAAAAAGAAACAAAAAUCCACUAAAAAGUUUUGGAUUCAAAAACUACCCAAGGUGCUAUGCUUACAUUUGAAACGAUUUCAUUGGACUGCAUAUUUAAGAAACAAAGUUGAUACCUAUGUAGAAUUUCCCCUGAGAGGCCUGGACAUGAAAUGCUACUUGCUAGAGCCUGAGAACAGUGGCCCAGAGCACUGCCUGUAUGACCUUGCCGCUGUGGUGGUUCACCAUGGUUCCGGGGUCGGUUCUGGACAUUACACAGCCUAUGCAACUCAUGAAGGUCGCUGGUUCCAUUUCAAUGACAGUACUGUAACACUGACUGAUGAAGACACCGUUGUGAAAGCAAAGGCCUACAUCCUUUUCUAUGUGGAACGCCAGGCCAAAGCUGGAUCAGAUAAACUUUAAUACCUCCUUUAAAUCAUUGUUUUUGUCAAAUAUACCGGACAAACAUUUCCAAUUUUCCAUAAAUACUUGAUCCAAGAUUUUGAUUUCAUUAUGCACUUUUCAAUUUCCAAUUUUGGGUUUAGUUUUAUUUUGUCAAUGGUAGUGACGUAUUGAACAUGGGCACCAACUAAUUUUUUUUUUUUUUAGUUCUACCAGAAAACCUCAGCAGAUAUUUUGAUUUGCUGCUUUAGUUGUAAUAAUUCAGUUUUUUAUGUAGUUUCAAGAACUUAGUUCUAUUUGACUUUUUUAUAUUAAUGUUUUCGGUUCUCAUUUUGAGGCACAUUUACAUCAAUGCUUUGUUACGUUCACAUGCUGAAAGCAAGAUGUGUUCCUGAUUGGGAAGAGCAACAGAACGCCUGCUGCCUUUCACAGCUGUGAUGGAAAUCAGGUUGAUUGGAGAGCCGGGAUCAUGUGUACACAGAACUUGUGGCCCACGGGAUUUCAGUGACUGCUCCGUAAUCGUUCCUUUUCAUUGUACAAGAGAACUGGGAGGGCAUCAUUAAGCAGGUCAGGUAAUUGCUGCUCUUGGUAGCUCUCAAGGUUGCUGUUUAUCAGCACUAACUAAAUAAAUUUGUUGGUUCAGUUGUACCUGUACUGCAAAUUCAAGAAUUACUCCUUUUGAGUUUGUUUUGUUCUGGAAUAUCUUUUGCGUGUGUAUUUGUGUUCAUGGAGAUAGGAGUACAGAAAAGUCCAAAGAAGACCAAACACAUUCAGUGUUUAAAAAUCUCAGACUCCGCUAUACAGUGUAGAUAUUAUCCAGUGAGAGGAAACCAUAGCUUCUGUUUGCCUUUUGAACCAGCAUCUAGUUCCCCCACUGGCUAUCGUGCUGGGAAUAACUGCUUGUCCACUUUUGUCUUAUUUCUUGCUUGGCCAUCGGAGGUCAAGAUGCUGACCUCCAGAGUAGAUUCUGACCUUCACCUACAUUUUAGGUAACACUAUGGGGUCUGCUCCUACAGAAGAUGAUUUGAGUCUUUGCUCCUUUGGUCUUUAACAACCCUCACUGGCCUAACCUGAUAGCAGAGCAAACUGAAAAUAUUCUCACUUUGAAUAGUUUCUAUUCUUGAGUUUAGUAGUCUUUGUUUUAAAAUUGUUUUCAAGAAAAAUAGGUAUAAGCACUAUUAAGAUUGAACCCAAGUUGAAAUUUGGAACCAGAAUUACAUCUAAGUAAGAUAACUGAUUCUGCAGGGGGUCUAAGCCAAUCUCUUGGGGGGUAGGGGUGGGGCAGUACUUGGCAGGUUGUGGAGAGCAAGUGCGCACUCCCUGAUGGGCUCUAGCAUGGGACCGUGCACUGCACAUCUCUUGUUCCAGUAACUAGUUUCUUCUCUGCUCUCUCCAAGUUGCUAUGAGGGGCAGAAUGUCUUUCAUAUUAAGCCAGCCAGCUGAAAUUUUUUGGUAAUCUUGUUUCUUCUAUUAAAAGAAAAAAAAACCCAAGUUUUUUGUUUUUUGUUUUUUAAGUGCGUAAAUAAUUUGAUAGCUGUCCUCCUGGGUCAGAUACUUGAAGUUGCAGGAGCAGGUGUGGCUCCAUUUCCAUUUUAAUAUUUGCUAGAUAAAUCCUAUCUUUUUCUCAGGGCAGAAAUCAGCAGCUGAACACUUUACUAACCACAGUUAUGGCUCAACUUGUACUAUCUGGGUACGGUGGUCACUAGUCACCUGUGGUUAAGUUUUAAUUAAAAUGAAGUUUAAAACCCAGUUCUUCAGUAAUACUAGCUACAUUUCAAGGGCUCAGCAGCCACAUGUGGCAGAGGAUGCCUAGGCUCAGGCGGUCCCAUCAGCGUGUAGGGCUCCUGGACCGCGCUGGUCUGCAUUUCCACUCCAGAGAAGCAAGCUUUGCUGUCGUGUUUAGGUCUUAAAACUUAAACACGAAGUCCAGAAGAUAAUUAAGAGGGAAACAUGUGUUUAGUUUAUAAUGCUAAAUUAUAUGAGGUUGAACCAUUGGAGAUUGUGAUAUUUAACCUUUUGAUCUAAAAGUGAAAGUUCCACAUAAUUUGACCUAAUACAGCAACACAUUAACACCACAUACAGUUGAACUUAGAAUGUGCCUCUUCCUUGAUCUGUUCAGUAUCUCCUGUGAAUACAGCCUCUUUUGUGUAGAAGGCGUAUAGCUGUGACUUCUAACAUUUGUACUUCCCUUGUUUCUCUGAGUGGGCAGCUCAGAGGACUUCAGCAAUGUAGCCUUGGGCAGUGUUGAUAUUGGUGGAGAAAAAUGGUCUUUUCAUACCAAAUGGAACUUCCCGACAGCCAGACUACUUUGAUGGGGAAAGUGGUCCUCAGACCGGCAGCACUGCUGGCUUAAGAGUUGGACACAUCUCCUCUUUGAAUUUCUGGAGUGUUUUUAUUGCUCGAUUUCACUUAAGCAGAAAUGUUUGAAUGACAUUAUGAAGGCUCCUUUGGAAAAGUGAUUGGAUCCAUUGGAAUUGUGCAUUUGAACACCAGUGAUGUAAAUGUGCCUAUUUGUAUUUAAAAAAUUCAACUGUGUAGCCUUAUCACACCUAUUUUAAAAAGCUGAUCUUCGCGUGCUCUUCAGGGCUUUCCCCUGGGGCCAUGCUGGCUCUGCGUGGGGGGCUUCUCGCGCAGAGACCGCAGCCGAGGCAGUGCCUCGCUCUGGCAACUGGCUCCCUGGAACAAGAAAACUUCCUCAGAAGUCCUCCCACACAGGUGGGUGAUGGAAACAGUCUGUGGCAACACAAAUCUCUCUCCAUGGUGGAGAAACCUUUGCUUAUCCACUGUAUUCUACUCAGUGUCUAGUGAUGACAUAUGUAAUAGAAUUAAACCAGUAAAGUGUA